AUGUCGGAUAAUAGGGAUCGAUUCGGCAACUGGCAGGAUGAGAUGGGAAAUGCCGUUGAAGAUUUGACGAUCUCGGCGCAGCCAGCCCGUCUAGAUGCCCAUCUACCUCACCAAGCCGCUGCAAAUAACGAUACAAAUACUCUCCGUCCACCAAGCUCCUCUUCCUCUUUGCAGCUACACCGUAUCAAUGCAACUUCCGGCAGAACGCGAGCGGCACGCCACGCUCCGUACGCUGCGCAUCGAGAUGAAAGACGCCAGAGGCUUCGGGGCGGUGUUCGAGCUGCACAAGUUGGAGUCCCAGAGAUGGUCGCGGAGCCUCCGCUUCGUCCGCUUGGCCCUAACCCGGACCCAAACGGAGCUGAUACGCUGACUAUGGAGGUGCAUUUCUCCGGAUGGAAUACGCCGGCGGCUGAGGGCGAUGGCACUGCGUUUUUGGCAAACGACGAACGGGGUCGCGCACCCACGGAGUGCGAAAAUUUGCAGGACCGGCUUGCGGAAGCCGGAAACGUCGUACCUGACAUCGUCGUCCCGCUUCGCCAGCCUCGAAUGGAUCUGGAUGCUGACGCGUAUGAUGGCUUUGUUAUCGUCGGACGAACCGCCAAUGAAGAUGACGUGCUCAAC